GAAUUUUACUGUGGAAAUCGAAAGCAGAGAAGGGAGGCAGCGUUCUGAAAUGCCGACUUGCGGGCGUGUGUGACAUUUUGAUGUAGUGUGUCUUCGAUAAUUUUCGUUAUGUAUCGAUUUAAUACAUUGAUAUUUGUAAUAAAUGGAGUUUAUCGAAAAUAAUUCUACGAACCCUGGUAUAAGAGAGAGAAAUAUGGAUGCCUCAGUGAUAGAAGUGCUUCAACAAGCAGGUAGUCAAGAUCCAAACAUUUUGAAACCUGCUGAACAAACGUUAGAACAGUGGGAAACUGAAAGGGGGUUCUAUUCUACAUUAUUUAACAUAUUCUCAAAUCAUUCCUUGACUGUUAAUAUUAGAUGGAUGGCAAUUUUGUGUUUCAAAAAUGGUGUUGAAAGAUAUUGGAGAAAGAAUGCACCAAAUGCAAUCGCAGAGGAUGAAAAAGAAUUCCUUAGACAACGUUUAAUAUCAAAUUUUGACGAACCUGUAAAUCAAUUAGCUGUACAAUUGGCAGCUCUUAUUGGUAAAAUUGCAAGAUACGAUUGUCCUAAAGAAUGGGGUACAUUAAUUCCAACAAUAUUGGAUGUUGUAAGAGGACAAAAUCCCUUGGCCCAACAUCGGGCACUGUUGACAUUACACUAUGUUAUUAAGAGUUUAGCUUCUAAAUGUUUGAUACUGGACAGACGAUCCUUCCAAGCACUAACUGUUAAUGUGUUCAGUUUUAUUUUGAAUUUAUGGAACACUUAUACCGAAUCAUUUUUCAUACUGGCAUCAAAUGGAGCAGACACAAAUCAGAUACAGGAAGCUUUAGAGAAAGCUUUAAUUCUAUUAAGAAUACUUAGAAAACUCAUUCUACAUGGAUUCGAAACAUUUGAAGUACCUCAGGAAGCUACGUUAUUCUUAGAAAUAGUUUUCGAACGUGCGAAAACCUGCCUCGAGUGUCGAAAGACCUUAAUCUCGAGAGGAAUACAAUUGGAAGCGUGCGACAAAUUUACAAUUCUCUGGAUCAAAGUGUUGAUAGGGGUCCAUGAAACGUAUUGGAAUUUGCACAUUGAACUGAUACCAACCUCCAUAAAGUUUUCUGUUUUUUACUGUUUUACAGAAGCCGGUCAAAAUUUAGCUUUUGAGAGAUUUACUAUUCAAUGUUUAAAUUUAUUAAAACGCAUUAUAAUGCGAAACCAAGUUCCCUUCGAUUCAAGAAGGAGAAAGGGCUCACAAAGUAUCCGAUUAGUCAGAUUGAUACAAGAAAACUUUUCCCCUGAAACAUUAAUCGAAAUUUGUUCGAAACUUGUAACGCAUUAUUUCCUCUUAACUCCAGCUGAUUUGGAGUUAUGGGAUACAGAUCCAGAAAACUUCUUUUUUGAUGAUGUUGGAGAAGUAUCGAAAUAUAGUUUAAGGCCAUGUUCGGAAGCUGUGUUUUCCGAUUUUUUCUAUCGGUUUAGGGACAUUUUGGCACCAGUUUUAGUCGAUUUAAUGCAGAAGCAUCAUCAACCGGUUGAUCCAAACAAUCUACAUGCUAUUUUAUUAAAAGACGCAGUAUAUAAUGCUGUUGGAUUGGCUGCUUUUUACUUGUACGAUGAGGUAAACUUUGAUCAAUGGUUCUCAACCACUUUGAAAGAAGAGUUGAAGAUUCGAAAUAAUAAUUAUAGAAUUAUUAGAAGACGAGUAUGCUGGCUUAUUGGCCAGUGGUCGAGUAUUAAACUAAGCAGGGGACUGAGACCUAUGGUGUAUGAACUUAUGGUCGAAGUUCUAAGUCCAGAAGAAGAUUUGGGCGUUCGUUUGGCAGCUAGCGAUGCCUUAAAGCUUAUAAUAGACGACUUUCAAUUUAAUCCAGAAGAAUUCUCUCCUUAUUUGGAACCAGCAUGUACAUUAUUGAUUUCUCUGUUGAAAGAAGUAACGGAGUGGGAUACCAAGAUGCGUGUUUUAUACGUAUUAUCAUUCAUGAUCGAACGUGUGGGCAGCGAAAUAAACCCAUAUGUUGGGGUUCUUAGUUCAUAUCUACCAAUCCUCUGGCAACAAUCUGAUCAGCAUAAUAUGUUGAGAUGUGCUAUAAUCACAACACUUGUACAUUUAGAGAAGACGUUAGGUCCUGAAAGUGUUAUAAUACAACCGCUGGUGAUAGGUGUUGUUGCAUUCAGUUGCGACGUUAAUCAGAGUGAACAUGUUUAUUUGUUAGAAGACGGAUUGCGAUUAUGGUCAACUUUAUUGGAAAAUGCACCCGCACCAACACCAGAAAUAAUGGAUUUGGCUAAGAAUCUAUGUGCAUUAAUAGAUCAAUCCGGGGAAAAUUUAGAGUUAUGUUUGCACAUCGUUCAAGUAUACGCUAUAUUAAGUCCCCAAGAAUUUUUAAGUCAAAGAGGUGGAUUCGUGGUCGAAACUCUUAGAUCAAUCAUGAGUGAUUUGAAAUCGGAAGGAGUAUUGAUGGUUUUCAUGGUAUUCGAUACGUUCAUGUGUGCAGCUGCUCGACAAGGUGCAGAACUAAUUAAGCCUGCUUUAGUAACUGUAUUUGAAAACGUGUGCAAGGAACAGGACUCUAUACAAGUGAUGACUAUAUGUCUAAUAAUCGUGGCAAGAGUUUUGUGGUUUUAUAAAGAUAUUUUUAUACAGGUAAUAAGCGAGUUAGCCAGAAAAAUAGGCGGGAACGAAACGAGCGAAGAGGAAGUUAUUGGAAAGAUUAUACGUGUAUGGGUUGUUCAAAUGCCAGUCGUCUUCCAGCCAGAGAGACGUAAAUUAUUAGCUCUUGCACUUUGUUCACUUCUUGGGGCUAACAGUCCACCAAGUGUACUUGAAUAUUUUCCACUAAUAAUAUCGAAUAUUGUCGAGACCCUUAAUGAUAUAUCUAGAUUUGACAAUUUAGAAUAUGACUGCAUUGGAUCCGCUAUUGAGUCAUUAACUAUUGGUGGACAACCUGAUGAGGAGUAUAACAGUGAAUACGUGGGCGAACAUGAGGACUACGGCAAUGAACAUGAACAGCGAAAAAGACGACUAGUUCGCGCGGAUGUCGUCACCACAAUGUCAUUAAAAGAUACGUUGCAAAAUCAGCUACUUACAUUAAGAGGCAUAGUUGGGGAGAACCAAUUUAAUCAGAUGAUGUCAACUCUUAAUCCAGCAAUAGAUAAACAACUGAAGUUUUAUAUAUCCCUAUGAAAGUGGAAUAAGUCGAACUGAGAAAAAAAAGGACGAAUCAAUUCAGUCAAACGCUAUACUACGUGUAAAAAAAAAGCUUUACAGCGAUCUACUGUAAAACGGCACUAUUUUAUUGUAUAAUAUUAGCUGUUUCACUGUACUAAUAAUGUUGAUAAUAAAAAAAAAGAAAGAAAACUAA